AUGGCAAGCGCCGUGAAAGGUCCUCUGGGACGAUUCCGGAAACACGACUCUCCCUCACCACUCCAUGAGCGAUGGGGUGACGUGAGGAUUACCGUUCCCACUGAGGGGUCCUGGAACCAAUAUGAGAAUCCUCGCCAGUCCUCGCUCCGAAAAGGGACCUGCAGCACGGGCUUCGUGCCUUCCGCCAUGAGUCGCGGCCACGACGAGGCCCCAUCAACAGAAUAUGACCAUCGAACUGCCAGGCCCAGCUCAUUGUCCGUCAAAGCCUUAAACCCGCGCCGACUAUCUGUUCGGCUUAAUCCACGAUCCAAGACCCCAACCGACUACCCACAGGAGAAGGACCAACAGCUCACCACUAAAGCCGAACGCAGACGGUCUCAGUUCGCCUAUAGACCCAUUCAGCAAGACUACCCCACCGAAAUCGCCGAGAAGACAGCAUUCCCAGAGCCCCGUUCUCCACGAUUCAGAUACAUCCCCGCUGGCGCUCAGUUUGCAGAAGAGCUUAGAGCGAUAUCACCAGAGCUUCAUUCCAGCCGUCGUGCAAGCUCCUACAUCCCUUACGAUGAGGGCUCUCUGGAACGGUGUGCGCGACCACGGACCCGUUUUGACCAGCUCGAGGAUGCAUUCAGAGACCAAGUGAUCGAGGGGGACCAUCAUCACUCCAGACAGUCACGAUCUUUGGCCUCCCCGCGCCGAAGCGAGGCGAGCAGUAGCCGCCGCACCAGCGCUUCGGUGGAAAGGACUCUCAGGCUCUCGACCUUCGACAAAAGGGCUACCCAGCUGGGGAAGUUCAUGACCACAGCCAUGGUACCUGAUCCAGACCAGCUGUACGAAUGA